GAAUAGCAGCAGCACAGUUGUCAAAAGCAGUGUGGGACGUGGGACUGUGUGUCUCAUUUUCACAUUACAAAUGAGUUUUUUACGUUUAUAUGUAGAAAGGUUAUGAACUUUGUACAGGGAAUAUUAUCAAGAAAACGAUAAGUACGAUAAGUUGAAGAAUGGCGCCUGAAAGAGCAGGUGGUGUUAAUGGAAAUCAAUUAAAAAAUGUACCGAAUAUUUCACCCAGUUUGCCAAAUACAUCAAUACCAUAUCCUUCAAAUAUACAGUCAGGAAAUCCUCCACCUCUUCCACCACGUCAACCAGUUCAAAAUUAUUCUGGGUUCAAUGAUUAUCAAAGACCAUUUGGAUCAAAUUAUGGUGGAUACGGUGGGUAUAGUGGAUAUGGUUAUGGUAAUCAGUACAGGGGAUAUGGAGGAUAUAAUUCGUAUGGUUUUAACUCGUAUUCUAAUUAUAAUAGUUCUGGGGUAUUUGGUGGGCACAGUGGUGAUGUUGAAAAUAGGUUUUUCCAAUAUGUUGAAGAUAGCACUAGGCCAACCUUUCAUUUAAUUGAAACAAUCCUUCAUACAUUUUCGUCGAUGACUAUGCUUUUGGAGUCUACAUAUUUUGCUUUAACAAAUUCAUUUAAAGCAAUAUUAAGUGUUGCAGAAAAUGUUAGGAAGUUACAUUCUACUUUAGGACAAUUAUUUAGUACUUUUGCUUUAAUUAGGUUUCUCAAAUGGUUAUAUAGAAAAAUCGUACGCAGUACUGGAUUUCAGGAUCGGGGCUCGAUUAACGAUGAAUUAUGGGAUAAAUCUUUAGCUAAAAUUGGAAAUGAAAAUGUUAAUGUUAAUUACUCUUCUUAUUGGUCUGGAUUUCUAAUAUUUAGUGUAUUUUUUGUAAUACCAUAUAUGAUUCAUAAGAUCACGAGUAAUAUUAAACAUAUGCAAAUAAAAGGAAAGGACCCAAAAGAAUGGCACCAAUAUGAAGAACCUGCAUAUAUUGCAACUGUUUUGUACGAUUUUGUUGCAAGAAAUAAUGAUGAAUUAAGUAUUAAAGCUGGACAAAAACUUUGCCUUGCACCCAAGUCUUUGCAACCGAAAAAUGUACCAGGAUGGUGUAAAGCUACUGACAAUGUAAAUAUUGGUCUUGUUCCCUACAACUACGUUAAAGUUAUUGGACAAUUGAAAAAAGUGAAUAGAAAUAAUGACGUUACCGUUCUGAAUAAAGAUGAACCUUCUAUAAAUGAAAAUAGUAGGGAUAGCAAAGAAAACUUAGAAGUUACAAAAAAUGAUGAAAACUCGCAGUAAAACAUGAAUGAUUAAAAUUUGAAACAA